AGUCCGGCCGGGUUUGUGUAACUUUUGAGGUUUUGUGACAAUGCAGUGUGGAUGAAAAAAGAUGGUUUUCCUGGUCAGGAGUUCAAUGACACACAUCCGGAUGUCCUCAUAUUGCUUCCUGAAGCACCUGAGGAGCACUCUGUGUGGGAAUUCAUCACAAAUUCCCCGGAAUAACCUCACUUUUCCCUGGCGAAAAUUUUCCUCCGCCAAUGCUGAAAUCGAGGAGAAACUCCGGAAUAUCCCCCUGGAGAGAAUCCGGAAUUUUUGCAUUAUAGCCCAUGUGGAUCAUGGGAAGAGUACCCUAGCUGAUAGAUUACUCGAGAAGGCUGGAUUGCGUAUUGAUCGCCCUCAAAUUCUCGAUAGUUUGCAGGUGGAGAAGGAACGUGGGAUCACUGUUAAAGCCCAAACGGUGUCACUAUUCUACAGGCACGGGGAUGUGGAUUAUCUGCUCAAUUUAAUCGACACUCCGGGGCAUGUUGAUUUCUCCAAUGAAGUCCAUCGAUCCCUGGCACCGUGUGACGGGGCAAUCCUCCUCGUGGACGCCAAUCAUGGGAUACAGGCUCAAACGGUGUCCAACUACUUCAUGGCAGCCACGCGGAAUCUCAAAAUCCUCCCAAUUUUGAAUAAAAUUGACCUCCGGAAUGCAAAUCCCACAAGGACGUGCGAAGAGCUCCAAUCGAUGUUUGAUAUCCCUCCUGAAAGUGUCCUUAAGAUUUCUGCAAAAUUGGGGACGGGAAUGGAAGCUGUGAUUCCAAGCAUAAUUGAACGUCUUCCUGCACCAAAUACCCAUCCGGAAGCACACUUUAGGGCUCUUCUGUUUGACAGCUCAUUCGAUCGGUACCGUGGGGCGCUGAGUUUGAUAAAUGUACGCGACGGAGAGAUCCGUAUUGGGCAGGAGAUUACCUCCGUGGCCACGGGGAAAACGUACGAGGUUAAGACUUUGUCUCUCCUGACGCCUGCUGAGGUUCCCGUUGCGUGCCUUCGAGCGGGUCACGUGGGGCUCCUUGGGUGCAAUAUGCGUAGCGGCAAGGAGGCUGUAAUUGGUGAUACCAUCCACCACAAGGGAGCCAGUGUGACAGCCCUCCCGGGGUUCCGUCCCCAGCAAGCCAUGGUCUUUGCCGGGGUCUACCCUCCGGACCAGUCAAAGUACAUCUCCCUCCGGGCAGCCAUUGAGAAGCUAACUCUCAAUGAUUCCGCUGUUACUGUGAGCCCUGACAGUAAUUCCGCCCUUGGACAGGGAUGGCGUCUUGGCUUCCUCGGGCUCCUCCACAUGGAAGUCUUCUGUCAGCGCCUAGAGCAGGAAUACGACGCAGAGCCCAUCAUUACAGCCCCAUCGGUGACGUACAAAGUACGCCUCCAUGGAACUAAAGUCAUUAAAGCUCAUGGGGGUGCUGAAAUGAUUGACGUGAGCAAUCCAGCUCUCCUUCCGGACUCGCAGCACAUUGCCGAAUUCCACGAACCCCUCAUCUUGGCCACAAUAAUCACACCCACGGAAUUCAUUGGAUCCGUCAUUGGGCUCUGUGUGGAACGUCGCGGUGUCCAGAAGACUUCCACCCACAUUGACAGUGAUCGUGUGAUGAUGACCUACAUCUUCCCACUAUCAGAGAUUGUUCUGGACUUCUAUGAUCACCUCAAAUCCCUCACAUCGGGCUAUGCCAGCUUCGACUACGAAGAUCACGGGUACGCCCUGACGAAUGCCGUGAAGCUCCGGAUCCUCCUCAAUGGGCAAGAUGUUGAGGAACUCAGUACAAUUGUGCACGCCAGUAAAGCCACAACGUAUGCCCGACAACUCGUUGCCAAGCUCAAGGAAAUCAUCCCACGGCAGAUGAUUCUCAUUGCCAUUCAAGCAGCUGUUGGGGGAAAAAUUCUCGCGAGAGAAACCAUAAAACCCUUCAGGAAGGAUGUAACAGCCAAAUUGUACGGCGGCGAUGUAACGCGACGCAUGAAGCUUCUUCGUCAACAGGCUGAGGGAAAGAAGAAGAUGCGCUCCAUUGCAAAUAUCUCCAUUCCUCGGGAUACCUUCAUCAGUAUCCUCAAGCGAUAAUAGCCAGAGAGAAUGAAAAUGAAUGGGGGAGUGAGGUUUUUCUUUGUUAUAUAAGAAAGGGCAGGAAAGCAGCGAAUGAGCCUGAAAAGAAAAUAAAAAAAUAAUUAAAAUAUUUUAUUGAAA